UUCAAAAAAGACCUCAUUGUGGCGCCUUCGUGUGAACGAGCUGAAGACGAACCAAAAUGCAUCUAGUAUUUCUUUCAGUUUUUCUAGCUCUCUUUGUAAAGAUCAACGAGGGCGCAGAUUGGUGCUACCAGUCCCAGUUCACAUGUGAAUCCCAUUGUAAAGCUCCUGACCAUUGGAGUGAGGCUGAACACGCCCAGAGCUGUUCAGGAAAAUCCCAGUCUCCCAUUAACAUUGUGACCAAGAGAACUCUGCCAGAUGAGCGCCUUACCCCCUUCAAAUUUACCGGCUAUCAGGAUACCUUUAACAGCAACAUUAAAAAUAAUGGACAUUCUGUUGCAGUGGCUGUGCCCCACGUGGCCACGGUCAGCGACGGGGACCUGAAAACCACAUAUAAGGCCGUGCAGUUCCACUUGCACUGGGGCACGGAUGGGGGCCCUGGGUCUGAGCAUACUGUGGACGGGGAGCAGUACCCCAUGGAGCUACAUAUUGUCCAUAUCAAAAAAAGUCACACUUCUUUGUCCAGUGCUCUCCAAGACCCGACUGGAGUGGCGGUCCUCGGAUUUUUCUAUGAGGAAUCAGCUAGUGCCAAUAGGAAAUAUGAACCCCUCAUAAAUGCCCUGAGAAAAAUCAAAACUACUGGCGCAAACACAACCAUCAACGGUCUGUCUCUGAAUGCUCUCCUUCCUUCACCAAAGAAUAUGACCAGCUACUACCGUUACAAGGGCUCCCUCACCACCCCUGGUUGUACCGAGGCAGUUGUGUGGACCGUCUUUGAACACGCCAUCCCUCUCAGCAGGGACCAGCUUCGUGCAUUCUCUGAACUCCAGUUCCAUGACGGGAAGAAGAUGGUGGGCACGUUCCGGCCGGUGCAGCCGCUGAACGGCCGAAAGGUGUACCGAUCGGCAGGCAGUGUGGUUCUGGCCAGCGGGGCGCUCCUGGCCAUCUCGGUGGCGGCGGCCUUUGGGCUGUCCCGGCCCAACUAGACGAGGCAGUCUGCUGACUCACCGACAACGCACAAACAUCAUGAUACAAAAAAAAAACAACAACAACAAAAAAAAAAAGCAAACAACCAUGUCUCAUCACUAACUGCCUCAGCGGAAACCGCACAAUCCCGUUACAGAGUGAUUCAUGAGCAUUAAGACCUCAACUGCUGUUGAAACCCUAAAACGUCACCUCCACCUCUCAGGUGUUCCAGGCACUGACGCUUUCAGAAA